AUGGUGACUGUUCGAAGUGUUCUUUUCUUAGCUGCUUCUAGGCAUUGGAUCAUUCAUCAAAUGGAUGUGUACAAUGCUUUCUUACAAGUUGAUCAUACUGAGGAGGUCUAUAUGAGUCUACCACAGGAUUUCAGUAAGCCUGGAGAUACAUCGUUGAAUUUCAAAAUCAAAGACUUUGGGGAGCUCAAGUAUUUCUUGGGCAUUGAGUUUGCUAGGAGUGUUGAAGGGAUUUUCAUGCAUAAGAGGAAGUACUCACUUGAGCUUAUUGUAGACUUAGGUUUGUCUCGUGCUAAACCUAUAGCUUCUCCUAUGGAACCUAAUUUGAAGUUGACAAGCUGUGAAUUUGAUGGUCAUAUAGGCGUCAUUGAUGAUCCACAUCUUGAUGAUCCUGGACCGUAUCAAAGGCUUCUGGGCAGGCUGCUUUAUCCUGAUGUCAUUAGGCCAGACAUUUCGUUUGCUGUUCAAUGCCUUAGCCAUUUUAUGCACAAACCUAAAGUGUCCCACAUGGACGCUGCUUUACGUGUAGUCCGAUAUAAUAAACUUUGUCCUAGGUUGGGUAUUUUGCACAAGUCUCAUUGUUUUAAGUCUUUGUCAGCCUUUUGUGAUGCGGAUUGCGUUGAAUGCCCCAAUUCUAUGAAGCUUGUCACAUGCUAUAUUGUUAAAUUUGGUGAUUCCAUAUGUGAUGACCCGAUAGGUCAUCUCAUGUUUUGA